ACUUUAGUCAAUCCUCUCUGGGAAGAGCCAUGGACUUAUUGUCACACUCAGGGGUUCGAUAAGUCUCGAUUCAAAGAUUUUUUUUGGAGUAUUAUGAUCAGCUGAAUUGUCUUAUCACGAAAGUGUCGGGUUUAGCUGUCGAAGGACACUGGGCUUUCUGGACUUUGAAUUCUGCUCCGAAUUGUUGCUCCAAUUUUGGUUAUGUAACUCCAUAACAAGUUCAUUGUGCCAGAAUAAUUAAAAAAGAAGAGAGGAGUUAAAAUGUCACUACGAUUUUUGGACUCUUUUUCUUCCAGCCUGAGAUGAGCAUGUGGGACACCGAUGACACUUAUUUGAUUUUCAAAACACAAGAAGGCGAAUUACAUCGGGAAAAAUGUGCAAGAGGCCAAUGUGGAAUAGAACUGAAUAUUCUCCACUCCCAGCAGUUUCCGCUUCGGAGGUAGAAGUGGAGCACAUGAAUGCAUCAAGCCAAGAAGUAACAAUAGACACCCUCUUGAAAUUAACAUCAAACGAUACCCGUGAAUUCAUCUGCGGUUGGGGCGCAGCUGUGAUAAACGUCACCGUGACGUACCCAAUAAACAAGAUAAUAUUCCGCCAGAUCCUCGAGGCAGUCCCGGCCACAACAGCUGUCAAACAAUUGUCCCGUGAAGGAUUGGGGCUGUUGUACCGAGGAAUUCUCCCUCCAUUAUGCCAAAAAACCCUUUCCCUGUCCAUAAUGUUCUCGGUUUACGAAGGAAGUAGAACUAGACUGACAGCGCUCACACAUCAUCCAGUUUUUUCAAAAAUCGUAGCUGCUAAUUUCGCCGGAGGUGUCGAGGCCAUCCUCAUGCCCCUCGAGAGAGUUCAGACGCUUCUCCAAGAUUGGAGAUAUCACAAUAAAUUCAGGAACACUCCUGAUGCCUUCAAGUACUUACUCAGUCAUCACGGAGUCACCGAGUGCUACAGGGGACUCGUUCCAAUUAUAUUCAGAAAUGGUUUAUCAAAUCUCACAUUUUUCACGUUGAGAGAUCAAUCCAAAGAGAUAAUCGGUGAUGAACGAACGUUAUUUUCAAAUUUUGUGAGUGGAGCGUUGAUUGGAGGAUUCACCAGCACAAUAUUUUACCCUAUGAACGUUAUAAAAAUUCAUAUGCAGUCGAAAAUUGGAGGAGACUUUGAAAAAUUCUCGGUUGCGUUGAGGGACGUGUGGAUCAGCAGGAACAGGAGCAUUAGAAGUUUUUAUCAAGGAGUGCAUUUGAAUUACAUGAGGUCUUUCAUCAGUUGGGGUGUCAUCAACGCCGCUUAUGACUUCUUGAAAGGCAUUGUUUUUUUAUAACGGGGUACCAAGUGGUGCCAAGAAUUAGACAACCAUUUUCUUCACGUUCCAAUCGUGACAGAAAAAUCACUCUGGAGAGUGUUAUGAAGAUAUAAUCUUCGUUAUUAACAUUGAGAAGCAACAUAAUGCUUGAAAAAAGUAAUUUGGAGAAUUAUUUUUUUCCCCAGCAUUAUUUCGAUUUAUAAAAUCAAAUGCUCAGUUUCACAUCAGAAUAUGAGAGAGGGGAA